UUGAAUGAUUUCAGAAAAAAAAAUUCUGUGACCAAUUAUACAAUUAAAACAUAAACAUGAAUGAGAAGAUAAAACCAUAUUUAAUUAUAAAGAUUAUAUUGGGUGUUUUAAUACUAAUAGCAGACUUUGUCGUUGGAGUCAGACUACUCAGUGGAGGGUAUCUUUUGUGGGGUUUAUUGACCCUUGGUUGUAUCCUGACCGGGGUGCUGGUCUCACUGCUAGUGGUCUGCCUGGGCAGGUGCAGCACGGGGGACUCCAUGUCUUGCAGCAAGUUCACCAUUCUUACACUCAAGGUUCAUGCUGAGCUCACUGGUGCAUUCUUCCACUCUGGUCCCCAGAUAGUAGUUCAACUUGCAGUAUUUUGGUCUGGAAUAUAUUCACAUGAUCUACAGGUUUAUACUGAGCCUGGUACAUCAUCUUGGAUGUUUGCUUGGGCUGAGAUAUUGAGUCCUGCUCUCAACUUUAUUUCAUUAGUCUAUACAGGGUAA